ACAAACCAAAAAAUGUAUUUACUAAGAGACUAAGUGAGUCAUUGUUCCUAGAAAAUAGUCCCCUUCAUGAUUGGUAGGAAUCUCUCUUGUGAGACUAUUCGGCCUUUCAGUCUACUUAUUUUUGUGAGUCAGUGAUUUUAUAAACUUAAAUAAGUCAAGAAUUUUCUAGGAGAUUUCCUUUGGCCUUAACUGGACAUUAGCAACUAUGUGAGAGAAUAGAAAGGAAUAUCAUUUUCAAUCCUGAGUUAUAAAGGAUUUGUUAAGUCAGCUUUUAAUACUGGCUCCUGGGAGGUCAUCACAAAAUGUGUUGUUGAGAACAACAUUUGAAUAUGUGGAGAAGAUAGAGAAUUAUUGUUGUACUUAGAAUAAUUAGUGGGAUGAGUUAGAGGGUAAGUGAAAAUGUACUCUACAAUGAAUAAGCUAGGAGAGAUGGAGUUGGAGAAGGUAGGUAGUGUUUUGGGUAUAGAUCCCUAGGCAGUUUAAGAAAGAUGAAACAUGGUUCCCUGAAAGUUUUGUCUUGACUCUGAAGUAUGAUUCCCCAAAGAGAUGGGUUUUCUCCUAUAACACUGUGGUGAAUCUUGAUUUGGAGGAGGACAAUAAGGAGAGCAUUAAGUUGGGCAGAAAAGUAGGAACAUCCAGCCCUAGGGUUUCACUAGCAAAUUUAAAUGUAUACUGAGUAUCACUCUCUCUUCAUUGAACAGUCUAGCAUCUGAUUGCUAUGAUGACAGAACUGUGUCAAAUUUUGAACAUGAAUGGUAUAAUUCAAAGCCUCUAUUUCUGAACAAGAAAAGAAAAUGCCCAAGUAGGGUACAAGUAAACCCAGAAUCAUUGAUUCAUAGAUUGGGAAUGAGAGUGCAUCAAUGAUAUAUAUCUUUCAGAACCAUCAGUCAUUUGCCGAAGGUUUACUGUAUCAAUCUAUUCUUGUGAGUCAGUGAUUUUUAUUAAGUUUGUACCUAAGUGAAUAUCAGUGAGUAUUUUCUAUUUUGUGUCUUUAAAAGUCCUAGGAUAUACCUACCACAGUAAGCUUAUUUCAAAUUAACUGGGCAGAAAAAGAACUUCAUGGUCAAUAUUCCUGUCAAACAACCUUGAAACACCCAACAUUAAAAGGGAAUAAUCUACCUGCAGUGGCUCUAGAUACUUUGAAACUCUGAAGUUCAGACUCAUAGCAUUAAUAUAAUCCUAGAAUCUCACAUAACUCAUAUAACAAUGCUAAUAUUUGCUUAUCUGAUAGAAAAAAUACUCUUAGAAACUAAUAGAAAUCUCAUAAGAAAUAUCAUUGUCGGGGGCAGCUGGGUAGCUCAGUGGAUUGAGAGCCAGUCCUAGAGACGGGAGGUCCUAGGUUCAAAUCUGGCCUUAGCCACUUCCUAGCUGUGUGACCCUGGGCAAGUCACUUGACCCCCAUUGCCUAGCCCUUACCACUCUUCUGCCUUGGAGCCAAUACACAGUAUUGACUCCAAGAUGGAAGGUAAGGGUUUAAAAAAAAAAAGAAAAAAAAAAGAAAUAUCAUUGUCAAGAAAGGGAAGAAACUCAUCUGUUUUUGUGAACUUUCAGAUGGCACAUAAAAGACAGUGUUUAGUAUUUUUAGAUUGUUAGCAUCUUUAUUGGAUGAUGGGAACUCUUUAAAAAUAGAGAUAUUUCCAAAGCCUCUCAUGGAAUAUUUUUUUAAAACUUUUCCUGGGUGAUAGGAAGCAAGAGCCUAUCGACUGGGGAAUGAUUGAAGAAAUUGUGCCAUAUGAAUAUAACAGAGUAUUAUUGCACCAUAAAAAAAGAUGAAAUGGAAGGUUCACACAAACUUUGGAAGAGGUGAAUGAAAUGUUACUGAGUGAAGUGAGCAGAUCAUUUUACAGUGACUACAAAAUUGUAAAGAAGGACAACCUCAAAAGACUUAAAAACCCUGAUCAGUUUAAUAGUCACCCAUAACUCCAGAGGACUGAUGACGAAGCUUGCUUUAUCAGGGAGGUAAUAGAAAUCAGAUGCAAAAUCAGGAUUUUCAGAUAUGACUAACAUGUAGAUUCAUUUUGCUUGCCAGUUCUUAUUUGUCACAAGAGAAGAUUUUUCUUUUUGUUUUUAAUGAUAGGAUACUUAGGAAGUGAAUGAAUAAUAAUGAUGUAAAGAAAAUUAAAGAAAAGAGUUAUUGAAGAAUUUUUUAAAAGUUGGAAGAAAACAUGGAAAUUUGGGGGAAGACACAGACAAGCCCUAUAGCUUUUCUGAAAUAGAAAUAUGACUUGUCAUAUACUUUUUUUUUUUAAACCCUUACCUUCCAUCUUGGAAUCAAUACUCUGUAUUAGUUCCAAGGCAGAAGAGUGGUAAGGGCUAGGCAAUGGGGAUUAAGUGACUUGCCCAGGGUCACACAGCUAGGAAAUGUCUGAGGCCAGAUUUGAACCUAGGACCUCCCAUCUCUAGGCCUGGCUCUCAAUCCACUGAGCCACCCAGCUUCCCCCUGUCAUAUACUUUUUAAAAAGAGAGCAAGUUGUUUGUGAUGGAGAUGCUCAAUUUCACAAAUGAGACUUUUUAUUCUCUUAUAUGAAAAUAUUCAUGUUACUUCAUGUGUGUCAAUUAUAAGAUAAAAAAGAAAAAGUAUAUUUAAAAAAAUAAGCCUCAAACCAUUAACUUUUCCAUAUAUCACCAAUAAAACCCAGCAGGCAGAGAUUAAUUCUAUUAAAAAUUACUUUGUUAUAUUCUAUACUGUGAAAUUUACAAAAUAUGAGUUUUUACCUACAGGAAUUAUGUGAAUACAACUAUCCCAACACUGUCUAAGAAAAUAAAGACAAACCUAAGCAAUUGUAGAGAGGUUGAUAACUCAUGGUUGAGUCAUGCCAAUAUAAUACAAAUGACAUAGCUAUUUAAAUUAAUUUGCUUAAUCAGUUUUUGGUCAAGCCACAAAAAUCUUCCUUUAUUGAACUAAAAAGAUUAAAAAAAAGUCAAGAACUUCAAAGAAAAUAAGGAGGAAAGCUUUAUAGUACCAUGUCUCCAUCCCUCCCUUUCUACCCCAAAUUCCCACAUUAUCCAACCAACCAUCACAGCCUCUCUCUAGGGGUGCAACUCCUGUGGAGAAGGGACCUACUAUCUCUGUGUGUGGAGUGGAAUUUUGGGGCAGCUUUCACCCCCAGAAAUCAUUCUCAUGAGCAGACAGGAGACUUGAAGUGGCUUUAUUUGGAGAAAAUAGUAAAUAGCAGGGAAGGGAGAAGGAAAGGGGAUUCUACCUGUAGCUUGCUUGGGGCAAAAAUGUCCUCUCUCCUGUAUGUAUAAUCACAGACUUUUAAAAUAAUCUUGAUGCAAGAUUCUCUUCCUUCCCCUUGUCCAAUCCCAUUGGGUGGGGGUAGGGGGCUAUGAUAUUUCAAAUCUUGAGCAUGUGAUUUUCAUCAUUAUGUACCCCUAAAGACCCUCAUGAUAAAAAUAAAAUCUGUGAUUAUCAUGGGAUUUUCAGCCUGGGAUAGUAGAGAUACUUUUGAAACUUCUAGUUCUUUCCUCCUCCAGUUAAUCUUAUAGUUGACUUUCUUUACAGGCUACAGAUAAACUCUUCUCAAGGUUUUGGAAAAUAGGUCAGAAAAACUAAACAUUUUAUGGAGUGGGGGAUGCAGUUUUAGUCUAAAGAAUAGUAUUACUCAGGAGUCUUGAAAAUUGGGGUUACAAGCCAAAUACUACUCUGAGAAUUACACACUGAAUCUCAUACCACACAUCUACCACUAUGCACACCAACUGCCAACCAACUGCCAUUGGAAAGCAAGUAACCCAAAGAACAGUAGCACCCUUCAGACCACUGGCUUUGCUCUAGCAUGGCUACCAUAGCUACUAUCCAAGAGAGCAACCCAUAUGAAAAAGAGACCCGCCAUCCCUACACCAACUGCCAACCAACUACCACAGAAGGGCAGGCAAGCUCAAGAGCCCCAGGAAAAGCAACCCUUUCCAUAACACCAGCUCUGCCUCCAACCUUGCCACCAAAGCCAUCACCUAAGAAAGCAACCUCUGUGGAAAAGGGACCUGCUGCUGCCUAUACCAAAUUCCAGCCAGGUACCAAUGGCAAGCAUCCAAGCCCAAGAGCCCCAGGAACAGCAGUGCCCCACAAACCACCAGAUCUGCUUCCAGUAUGUCCACUAUACCCACCAUUCAGGACAGCAGCCACUGUGGAGAAAGUGCCUGCUAUCUCUGCCACCACCCAUACCAAUUGCCAGUCAAUAAUUGGUGAUAGGCUGUUAGGCCCAAGAGCCCUGGAGAUAGAAGCUUCCCCCAAAAUACAAGCUCAUUUCCCACCCUGGCCACCACAGAAGUCAUCUAGGGGAGCAGCUCCAGUGGAAAAGGAGCCUGCUCUUCCCUCUGCCAACUGCCAGCCAACUUCCAGUGACAGACAGAUGUUUUAUUCUGCUAUAGUUGAUUUUUGUGAAAAUGGAGGGAAACGUCCUUUAACAAACAUCAGCAUAAGUUUCACCAAAGAACAAGCUGAUAAUAUUCGCAGGAUUCGAAACAGCAAAGACAGCUGGGAUAUGUUGGGAGUCAAACCAGGAGCCACAAGGGAUGAGAUAAACAAAGCAUAUCGGAAACUUGCUGUACUUCUCCACCCUGACAAGUGUUUGGCUCCAGGCAGUGAAGAUGCCUUCAAGGCAGUUGUGAAUGCCCGGACAGCCCUCUUGAAAAACGUCAAAUAACCUAAAAUGCAGCCAGAAGUAGAAAAGAACUUGUCUUCACCAGAGAAUUCCAUUCCCAGGAAGAAAAAGAAUUGAGACCUCACCAAGGCUUGGUGCUUUGCCCAUUUGUGUAGAUAAAAUUUCAUAUUCUCAACACUAUUUUUUGGACUUUUUUGAAGGAAAAAAAUGUGCUAUUGUUUCCAGGUGUGAAGAGCUAUGAUUCCUGUUAUUCAUUUUUAUUUGCCCAUUUUUAAAUAGUCUGAUUAUUUAUAAGCUUGGUAGUAGUAUCAUCUCAUAGACACUUCACUCAGGUGAAGCCAUGUGGCUUCCAGAGUGUGAGUCACCUCUAAAUUAUAUUUUACUUUGGUUCAUCAUCUGAGUGAUAAAUCAAAAAUGAAAACAGGGAAUAGAACAUUCUCCUGUUGCAUGACAUCUGAAGGAAUUUAUUUUUACUCUCAAAGUAAAAGGAGAAUGUUUAAGAAUUCUGAAUUAAUGAAUUCCUUCCAUCUCUUUGGUUUCAGUGAAAUGGGCUGAUAUGUGUCUGAUUUAAGGCAGCCUUCUCCUUCUCAUAAGUCUGUACUCCUAUCAGUAUCUCCAACAACUAGGGGAAAAAAUCCUUGCCUUCCAAAACCUGGAAAUACCAAUGGCUGCCUGUUUCCCCAUAGCCUCUGCUGUCAUUUCUUGGUCAGAAGUAAUUAAUGCCGAUAAAGAGUAUUAUGAGAUUGAUUUUUCAGGAAUCAAGCCACAGACCAGAGAUAAUGGGAAGACACGCACACACAGUUAGGUUUGAUGUUGAUGCUCAAGCAUUGGGCAUAAAUCCUGGAGGCAGCAAGGAGCCUUGCCUAGGGCAUGUCCUCUGACCCUUUGGAGGAAACACCUCACUGGGCCUAGUUUUCCCAAAGCAGUCACCACAGAUGGGUAGAAAAGGGAAAGGGCAGGCAAACAUCCUUAAAUUCUUUUGCCUCUGUCUCUCUUUCCCUCUUCCCCUCCCAGCUCUCCUUUUCUGUCCUCUUCAGUUACCACCAUCAUUCUCUCUCUUCCUUCUAACUGUAGUCACUAUAUUCUCCAUCCUGUAAUUUAGGCAUGCUAUCCAAACCAAUUUUGUCAGUCUUAAAGGUCUGGUAGCAUAUUUGGAGAUGGUAAUAGAAAAGAGAUUCCAUGUCUGGUUAGGAGAGUAAGAAAAGGUAAGUGCUUUCUGACACUUUUGUUUGGACUCUUAAAAUUUUAUAUAGCAAUAUUGAUUCAAAAAUAAUAAACAUUAGUUUUUCCUAGAGGAAUACCAUCAUGUUCACCACCAUGGCGUCCCCCCUCAUUGUACAAAGUGUAGUAUGACUAUAAAGUAAUAAAUUGUAACUUUAUGGAAUACAUCUAAUUACUUUAUGAAUAUGCCUCAUAUUCUUUGGCUGCUAAAAAAUGUUUAUCUGGACCUUUGAGGUCCAGAGAUACAUUUAUUGUGCAGAAAACUUGAAUAGUUAGACUUGCCAAGAAGAACUUGCUUUUUAGCCUAAGGGGAAAGACAGACCAAGUUGUCGGAGCUUAGGGGCAUCAUCUGUCUUAAAGCUGCCAUACUGUCAUGCUGCUAGAGUAAAACCUUAUUUUGCUCUCUUAGUUAAUCCAAAGCAUCACUUCCAACCUCUAAUGUUAUCAUCUUAGUGAUGCUUUAAAGACUAUUUUUACUUAUUUUCCAUGAUUAUGGCUCUGAUAUGAUUGGGUGUAUUUUCUGAUACCUAGGGUAAGAUUAUACAUAAUUAAAGUCUUGGAAUUGAAAAUAUCAACAAAAUCCCACAGGGUCCUUGGUCUCGGCACUUUUAAAAAAAUAACAGACUUGUGUGAGGUUUUCCUUUGACCCUGUAGCUAGCCUCAGCUCACUGAGCUACACGUAUUUCUUUGUCACUGACAUAGUAUACCUGUGCAAUAGACCCUUAGCCAAAUUAGGAACCUUAUGGGCCUAGCAUGUGCUUUCUGUGUCUUUAUCAUAUUUAAAUAAACACAGUGUUGUCAAAACCCAGUAUCUGUAAAAGAACUAAAAUCAGAUGAAUAAGGAAGUGUUCUAGUAAUGUCUGUUGCCAAUAGCCAUGUAAUAUAGAGCAUACUCAAUCCUUUGACACAAUAUAAAUAACAAGAUAGCCAACGAUUUUCGAUAUAAUAAUCAGUCGCUUCAUCCCAGCUUCAGUGCAUGACUGACUAAAUAGGGCAGGUAGAAUUCCAGUGUAUGUCUCAGCUGUUACCUUUCCAGUGCAGAUAAUGCAGUGCAAUCACUGAGAUUGAAAACUCAAUCUUGAUGCACAGUUCUUAUAAAGACUUUUUUUCUAUAAUUAGCAGCUUCAGAAGUGGAGCUGCAUACUGAGAUUCUGUGCCCUUUAUGUUUUGGAUUUUUUUGUUUUAUUUUUUUUUAAUUAAGCUCAAGAUCCUGGCAGUUACUAUUAUGGUCCUUGAACAGGAUGUGAAGGUACAACAUAGCAUGUUUUACUAUGAAAUAAUAGUUGACAGGUACUGGCUAUUAAGCCAUUUUUCUAUUACAAAAACCUGCAGACCUCAAAGUAUAAAUUUUGCAACCUCUUUCUGAAAAUAUGUAACAUUAAUUCAGCCUUGUAAGAGUUCUUGAACCAGUUGGGUUUCUUUCAGAAGACUUUUAAGUCUUUCACAGGGGAUAAGGAUAAAAAUGAUAGCUUAAUGCAGUUCUUAUUGGAAAACAUAUCAUUCCUUCUUAGGUCACCAGGAUAAAAUAUUUUAGCAGUUGUUUACAAAGCUCAAGAGAGAUGUUACAUUAAUCUAACAACAUACCUAAAUACCUUAACAUUUAUAUUCCAUUUGACUUGAUAUUCUGACUGUAAUUCAACUCUCAAUAUUGUUUCCAUUUCGUUACCAUUUUCCCACUUCAUCCCACAGAUGUCUUUGGCCCCUAUUAUUUUGAAAGGAUUAGAAACUGGGUCAUUGUGCUUCCUACUACUCAGAAUAAGUUGUCCUCAGUCUGAAAGUGGUGCAUUUUUCUUUAAGAUUUUCUUAUAGGAAGCUUAUUACCACUCUUAGACAGAAAGAUGGUGCUGAGUAGCAAACAUGUGAACAUGUAAAGGGAGGAACGUUUUAAUUUCAAGUUAAAUGAGUGGAGAAGAAUGAGCAAAUGUCCUUAUUAUAGAAGGACCUUAGAGAUUCCUUCCUUCUCCAUUAAACAACAGCCAGUUCAAUCUAAAUCUUUGCAAAAUCUUGUUUUAUGGUGAAUUUGAAACUCAAGUCAUUGUGUUGCCAUUUAGCAUCAACUACUCUUCAUCCAAAAAAAAAAAAUAUUUUUAAAGAUUUUAGAAAACUUCUUCCAGAGUUCUUACAAGUAUAUCACAUGUUGAACUCUCAGUCAGACGGGAUCCAUCAAGAUGCCUUUCAUUGCCAGUUUUCUGAAGAGGAAAAUAUAGAAAUUUGAAAGUGUAGCUCGUACUUCAUAGAAGUUUAAUGUUUUGUUGCGAAACCAAUUUAGAGAUGCUGACUUUAGAUAGGGAAAGAGGUCACAUUUCUGGUGUUUUACAAAUCUAAUUGUUUCCAGCGAACUAAACUGCAAUUUCAAGCCAUGCAAAUAAAGGCCAUAUUGAUAAAUUUAUUUCUUUUAGAAAACAUGUUCCAAUAAGUCAUAGCAUUUUCUGUGAUGACUAUCCUUCUGGUAUUGUUCCUUCUUGAAAUGUGAAUGUCAUGCAUAACCUUGCUUCUAGUUUAUUUUACCCAUUUUUCAUUUUGUUAAAAUGAAAUACUAAAAAAUAUUUAAUCUCGCAAGUGUUUGUCUUGAAUGGAGACUGUUAUAUGCUUUUCAGUUAUGUAUUUUUAUAAAGUAAAGCCAAACUUCAAAACAAUAGUUUUGUCUGUAUUUUACAUUUGUGUGUGACAGAGUGACAUCUAAUAAAAUAUACAGUGGGCUAAAUCGUUACAACACUUACCAGUUAUAGUUGUACAUCAUUGAACAAAAAGCUAUGUUUCAAUUUCUGCAUCUGUAAAAUGGGGAGAAUAAUAAUCAUCCAUGCUUUGCAACUACUAGCCACCUAAUAAAGGGUUAUUGUACAAUUGA